CCGUGCCGUGCUGUGCCGUGCCGCGCCGUGCCGUUCGGCUCCGCGCCGCGCCGCCGGGAGGCCGAGCGGCGUGUCCACCUGCCGGCCCCGCCGCCCGUCAGUCCCGCCAUGGCGCUCGGCGCGGUCGGUCACGGCGGCGCGGCGCGGGCCGCCUGGCCGCGGCUGCUGGUGGCGGCGGCGGCGGCGGCGCUGGCGCUGGCGGGGCCGGCGCUGCCCGAGGUGCUGUUCCGCUGCCCGCCCUGCACGGCGGAGCGCCUGGCCGCCUGCCCCCCGGCCGCCCGCCCGCCCUGCCCCGAGCUGGUGCGGGAGCCGGGCUGCGGCUGCUGCCCGGUGUGCGCCCGCCUGGAGGCCGAGGCGUGCGGUGUCUACACGCCGCGCUGCGCCGCCGGCUUGCGCUGCUACCCCGACCCCGGCGCCGAGCUGCCCCUGCAAGCCCUGGUGCAGGGGCAGGGCACCUGCGCCCGCCGCCGCGACACGGCCGAGUACGGCGCCAGCGCCGAGCGCCCCGCAGAUAAUGGCGAUGACCGGUCUGAGAGCAUCCUUGCCGAGAACCAUGUGGAUGGCACCACGGGCAUCCUAAGCGGAGCUGGUGGGAGGAAGCCCAUGAAGACAGGCAUGAAGGAGCUGGCAGUUAUGAGGGAGAAGGUGAACGAGCAGCAGCGGCAGAUGGGCAAAGUCGGCAAGCCCCAUCACAACCAUGAGGACUCGAAGAAGUCGCGGCUGUCGACGGGCAGGACCCCUUGUCAGCAGGAGCUAGAUCAGGUUCUGGAACGCAUCUCCACUAUGCGGCUGCCGGACGAGCGAGGUCCCUUGGAGCACCUCUACUCCCUCCACAUCCCCAACUGUGACAAGCAUGGCUUGUACAAUCUCAAACAGUGCAAGAUGUCGGUGAACGGGCAGCGUGGCGAGUGUUGGUGCGUGGACCCCAUCCACGGGAAGGUGAUUCAGGGUGCACCCACCAUCCGUGGGGACCCUGAGUGCCACCUCUUCUAUACAGCCCACGAGCAGGAGGACCGGGGAGCACAUGCCCUGCGGAGCCAGUAGAGAGACGCUAUCCUGCUCAUUGGAGGCAGCUUGCCGUGGCCCCAGUGCUGGAUUUUACAUGGGUUUCAGCAUGUCUCUUUAGGCUCUGGAAGAGACUGGGGUUGGGUCCUGAGUGCUGCCCUCCUUCCCCUGCUGCCCAGCUCCUGGGGAGGGGAGGGAUACUGGGAGGGGAAGGGCGGUGGGGGGUGGGUGGGGGGGUUGCAAGGAGAAGGGACUGCUUUCUUAUAGUCUUUCACCCAGUGUAAGCCAGAGAACUGGUCUUUUUUGCUCCUCGCCCCGCGGCCCUGCCCUCCCUGCUGCUUUGCGGCAUCUUCCCACACCCUCCAGCACAGAGCGCUGUGUGCUCCCCAACACCUCCCAGGGGGAAAAAAACCCUUGCCAUGGGUGGGAGUGGGACAAAAAACAAAGAAAUUUCCCCACCCUUUCCCUCUCUUUCCCUCCCUUCCCCAAGACCAAAGACUGUAAAUACUGUGUCGCCUGCCUCUUGCGUCCUGCCGGUCCCCUGUGCCCCAGCCUGGCCUUCGGUCCUGGCAUGGGAUGCGGUGUGGGAGGGAGGGAAGGAGGAAAGCCCCUGGCUUCCCAGCUGGAACAUGGCAGCAUGGUUGGGAUGCAUCCCCCAAGGAGGCAUCAGUGAGGGAAAGGGCUAAAGAUGAGGUAGCUUCCCCCCUGCCCAAAAUACCCCUGGGUGCUUCCCUUCCUGGUGCUGGGGCACAGCCAGCCCCACAGGGACCUGGCUUCAGCCAGUGGUCCAGGAGGAUGGGGCCUUUGGGUGACGGUGAAGCUAAGCGCUUGUUUUUCUGGGGGAUUUGAAGAGCUAUUGCCCAGUAUUUCUUUAGGAUCAGCUUAUGCUGAGGGAGCUAAAGUGAACUUGCUGGGGCUGGGUGGAAGGAUGCCUGUGUAGAUUUAGGAUAACAAGCCAGGGAGUCUCUCUUUCUCUCCCUCUCAUUCAUUUUUUCUUUGUUUCUAGAUAGGAAAAAACCCAUCUAAAACCUGCACUCCCAAGCAGCUGCCCUUGUCCCUCCAUUUUUGCUUGGGACUGGAGUGAGCAUCUGCUAUUCAGCACACACUUCUUGGUGUUUGGUUUUUUGGUUUUUUUUGUUGGUUUUUUUUUUUAAAGUAAAUUACAGUAUAUAUCUUGCUUUGUAAAGACCCUGACACACACGCACCCCUCUGCCCACACACACAUUUGUAUAGAUGAAAUCCAAGUGAUUCCAAGUGCUCUGAGAGGUUUUGAGCUGGACAUGCCACUCUGAGGAGAGAUGUGUCUCUGCUGUUAUUUCACCUGUUGAUUUCUUUCUGUACAGAACACACCGAUGCUGAGAAUAAAUAACUUCCCCGUCGCCUAAGGAAGGAGAAUUUAUUAUUUUCUUCCCUUUUUUCAACCCCCCCUUUUUUUUUAAUAUGAAUACCAAUUGCAGAGUAAAUGCAAAAAUUCUCUCCUUACAGUAAAAGUCUUAGGCUUCCCUUAAAUGCAAUCAAGGUGGGGUGGGGGAGGGAGAUAAAGCAUCUCCCAAUUUCAGGCAAAUCCUUCUAAGCAGCAAACAUCCUUCAGAUCCUAGGGCCUCCACAUGGUUAGGUUGAAUAUGGCUGAGGAAAGGGGUUCCUUGGUGAGUAUGGGUGCUGGCGGGGGACACCUUGUGCCUGCAUGGUGGGGGCCAGGCAGCAGAGCUACUUGACCAUGACCUGCAGGGACAGGACUAGCCUCUGGUGGCACAACCCAGAAACACCAAAUGGUAGUGGAGAAACACUGCAGCUGGGGUCCACACUGCUGAUACCUCCUCAUCUGGGGACUUGAAUCUGGAGAAGGAAAAGCAAAAAGCCAAAUGGCUUCUGGAGGAAGGAGAGCACUGAGGUUUAUUGCUUUUUUCCCUGCCUUGGCCUCACAUUUCAGAUCCCAAGUGUGAAGGGCACAGGUGGUCUCUGUAAAUUCAGCCCCUCAUGACUUUGAAGGGGUUUGGAUGUGGCAGUGGAGGAGACAGGGAAAGGACCUGCUUUGGCAAGUCAGGGGUGGGAGUGCAUGCAUGUGAAUGUGUAUGAGAGGGAGCAAGAGUACACAAGAGAGAGAAAACAUACCUCCAUGCAAAGCCAAGUAACUGUAAAAGUGAUGCUGCCUGUUUUCUGUUAACAUCCGAGGGUGUUCUGCUUCUUCAUGUAAACCUUGCACACGCUGGCUGUCAUCUGCAGUUUGUACUUUGUUUUGUUUGUUUAGGAAUCAGGAAGUUUUCUUUUGUGUUUUUCUUUUUCUCUUUUGGAAAAGCUCAGCUGCAUAAAGUUGGAAUAAAUUAAAUGGGAUGCCAGAAAAAUGCCA